ACUCCCAGUUGUGACUAGCUAUGAGUCCCGUUCCAACACUUUCAAAAAAGUAAUUUGCCUCAACUUAGCGCUUUAUUAUUUUUCCGUUAGUUUUAUAUAUCAUGUUUUUAGGAACCCAUUGCGGAUGAAAUUGGUUUAGUUUUGGCAGGCGGUUCCUACAUUAGGUGAAAGUCAUUCUGAAAGACAUUUUUUAGGUUUUCUCGGCAGAAUUUGGACGUGACCGGAAGUUGUGCAGCUGAAGAAAAAAACAGGUGGCGGGAACAACUGACUUUACAGAAAUUUGUAUCAUCAUAAAUCCCGUCAAAUGUUGAGUCUUGCACCUAUUUAUUUAUUUAGAGGAAAUCUCCAAAAGCCGGAGCAGGCCAGGCAUGAGUGGAGCACACCUGGACGAAUGGCAGCGGAGGUCCUUUGACAUUUCAUCUGGCAACUGUACACCUGAACAGACGGCCGAUGCCUACCGGGCCCACAUCCUCUCCAUUCAGUAUGCAUGGGCAAGCUCCCAGCUCUCUCAGGCCGCCGCCGCCAGCCUGCUCGGGACCUACUCGGAGCGCUACGCCUCGGUGCUGGACUCGGAUGACCCCCGCGCGGGGCUUAACAACUAUGCAGACAGCGCGCUGCAUCUGGCCCGCAGUCAGAGGAACUACAGUGACAAAUGGGAGUCGUCUCUGACCGUGGAGAAUGUGCUGGAGCUGCCCUGCGUGCAGCGGAUGCUUCAGUCGGGGAAAGCGGGGGGAGGCUCUCUGGUGGCACCAGAAGAUGUUGACCUAUCGGUGGGAGGGCCGGGCGGGUCACCGGCUGCGCUGUUCAAACCCAUACGUCCACCACAGCCUCAAGCGGAGGUCAACAACUGUAAUCCUGCAGCUGACAUGACUGUAGAGAGGCCAAUGGGCUCUGAGGGGUUGUCGGGUAUUCCGAACUCCUUCUCCCGGCCUGCGGCCCGACCGCCGCCCGCGUUGAGUCAUUCUUCAUUGGUUCCUCCACAGGGAAAUCCCGGCCCUUCAGGCGGGGGACAAAAGUCUCAGUCCUCCUUCUUCCCCACCUCCAACCCAUCGAAGCGGAAGAAUUUUUACAACCCAGAUGGAGGGGAUGGUGGCAGGGGCCAAACCGCAGGUCAAGCAGGCUCGGACCCGCGAGCUGGAUGCAACUUCAAAACGGCCCGCGCGCAGUUCAUCGUCGAUCAACAGAAAAAACAUUCCAAUCAGCCCCAGAGGGGUCAGACCGCCGGCAUGGCGGCAACGUUGAAGAAAUCUCUGGGUGCCAACAGGCCCCGGGGGACAUUCUCGAAGUUCGUGUCACCCAUUCCGAGACAGGAGGACGAGGAGGAAGGAGGGCGGAGCUGUGGCUCCAACCAGGAGCCUCAGAUCCUGGAUGAGCGUCUGAAAAACUUUGAGCCAAAGAUAAUCGAGCUGAUCAUGAGCGAGAUCAUGGACCACGGGCCUCCCGUCACCUGGGAUGACAUAGCAGGUCUGGACUUUGCCAAGUCCACCAUAAAGGAGAUUGUGGUUUGGCCCAUGCUGCGACCCGACAUCUUCACUGGCCUCCGGGGUCCACCCAAAGGCAUCCUUUUGUUCGGACCCCCCGGGACUGGCAAGACCCUGAUCGGCAAAUGCAUAGCGUGCCAGUCCGGUGCCACCUUCUUUAGCAUCAGCGCGUCGUCCCUCACGUCCAAGUGGGUGGGCGAGGGAGAGAAAAUGGUGCGAGCCCUGUUUGCCAUCGCCCGCUGCCACCAGCCCGCGGUCAUUUUUAUCGACGAAAUCGACUCGCUGCUGUCCCAGCGCACCGACGGCGAGCACGACUCCACGCGUCGCAUAAAGACCGAGUUCUUGGUGCAGCUGGAUGGGGCGUCGACGGCCGCCGAGGAGCGCCUCCUGGUGGUGGGCGCCACCAACCGGCCCCAAGAGAUAGACGAGGCUGCCCGGCGGCGGCUGGCAAAGAGGUUGUACAUCCCGCUGCCCGAGGCAGCGGCCCGUCGGCAGAUAGUGACUAACCUCAUGGCGCCGGAGAAGAAGCGGCUCGGGGAGCGAGAGCUGGAGAGCGUGGUGGAGGCCAGCGAGGGCUUCUCCGGGGCCGACAUGACUCAGCUGUGUCGAGAGGCGGCUCUGGGGCCCAUCCGCAGCAUCCAGCUCAGCGACAUCGCCACUAUUACGGCAGAUCAGGUGAGGCCGAUCCUCUACGGCGACUUCCAGGAGGCCCUGAAGGCGGUACGACCCAGCGUCUCACCGAAAGACCUGGAGCUGUACGAAGACUGGAAUAAGACUUUUGGAUGUGGACGCUAAGCGCGGCACCCGGUCCUCAUCUGUUUUAGGAGUGUUUUCUACCAAACUUUCAACUCAAAACCUUCUUUGUUGCAAACAAAGGACAUAAGGUGGAUGAGGUAGCAGGAACACCUGACACGAGAAAGGGAAUUAAAUACUUUUGCUCAAUUUGCAUUGAAAUGAGUUCCCUACGUUUAGAAGCGGCGGACUGUUUGAUUUUGACUUCACUGUUGUGGUUGGUACGUGCGUUCGGCACCAUGUUGAAUGCAUGAACUGUUUCUAGUAAAUGUUUGAUUUGCUUUAAUUACACUGCCAACAUUAUAUGUUUUCCUAUUAAAUCGAAAUGAUCUCCA